AUGCAUGUAUCUGAUGCUAUUAUUGGUUUACUUCUAAGUUUAAUCUUCUGCAAUUGUGAGAAUGAUCUUUCUUCAGUUGAUACGACUGCAUUUAUUGCAUCAAGAAUUUCUAUAGAUCUCUCUCCAUCAAAUGUAACUAACUUGAAUGAAACUGAGCCGACUUUAAAUAAUACUGAUACAUCUAAUUGGAUUGAAAUUGUUGCUACUACAGCAACUUCGACUGAAAAUGUUACGACGACAUCGACUACAACUGUUAUCAUCACAUCUACUUCGGCUAGAAUCAAUGAGACAGCGCACUCUAAAACACCAUCCGUAAUGAAUACAACAUCGACGCCUCCUCAAAACACAGUUAAACCUACAACUCCUUCAGCAAAGCCGAAUUUAGGUCUUAUUCUUGGUCUUUCGCUUGGUCUUGGAUUACCAUUCCUGAUUGCUUCUGUCAAUGGAUCAAUCGAUGAUAAAUAUUUUACUAUAACAAUACCAUUUAAUAUUACUCUUUAUAAUACGACGACAACUUCUGUCACUAUAACAAUUAAUGGUGUGAUUUGUCUUCGAAGCUGUUCGACUACUUUUAUUGAAACUGCUUUUCCUACUAGUGCAUUUUCUGAUGCAACAAUUCUAACAUAUUGGAAUGAUCUGUACAUUUAUGCAAAUGCAUCACAAGGUAUAUACUAUAAAAAGCAAGGCAAUACUCCAAAACGAAAUUUUAUCACUGAAUAUCACUGUAGCCAUUAUCAACAAUCUACUGAUUAUUAUAAUUUUCAAGUCAUAUUCUUUGAAAAUAUGCCUGGCGUUGUUCAAUUUAUUUAUUAUGAGGUUAUUGAUGAAGGUGCUUCAGCUACUGUUGAUGUACAAGGUAACGAAGCAAAACAAUAG